AAAGUGGCUUCAUCUUCAUCAAAGCUGUAGCACCACCAAAAUCCAACUAUGGCUCCCCUUGUCCUUCAGUCGUCAAGCCCAACUAUCCCCAGCUCGUCCAUUCAAACUUCAUUCUUUCCAAAAACAUCUCAACUUUCCUUAAAUAAGAAGACCAAAAAGCCUUACUACUCCGUCCCUAAUAACGUAGUGUCAUGCAGAGCCACGAAUAAUGGGAACCAAAACCCUACUCCUAGUUCCAACAGCAAAGGAGACUCUGCUCUCAACAGGUUUGAUAGAAGGGAUCUCCUGAUUGGGUUAGGAGGUCUCUACGGUGCAACCAACCUUGCCAAUGACCCAUUUGCAUUGGCAGCACCCAUAGCCGCCCCUGACCUGACCCUUUGCGGCAAUGCAGUAAUAUCUGAAACUACGGGUGAGACUACCUAUUGCUGCCCACCAACAACGACAACGAUCACAGAUUACAAACCACCUUCAUUUUCCAAGCUACGUUAUAGGCCUCCCGCACAUUUAGUUGAUGCUGACUACUUAGCUAAAUUUACCAAGGCCAUGAAUCUCAUGAAAGAGCUUCCUUCUGAUGAUCCACGUAGUUUCAUGCAACAAGCAUAUGUUCAUUGUGCCUAUUGCAACGGAGCUUAUGAUCAAGUAGGUUUCCCCGAUCAAGAUCUUCAAGUUCAUUUCUCAUGGCUCUUUUUCCCAUUCCAUAGGUGGUAUCUUUAUUUCUAUGAAAGGAUUUUGGGCAAGUUGAUUGGUGACCCAGAUUUCGUCAUGCCAUUUUGGAACUGGGAUGCCCCUGCAGGCAUGCCUAUACCAGCCAUAUAUGUAAACCCUCAGUCUCCACUUUAUGAUGACAAACGCAAUGUUAACCAUCAGCCACCAAAACUGGCUGAUCUUGAUUACAAUGGCACUGAUAAAGAUAUAACAGACGCAGAGCAAAUAGCAAUUAAUCUCAAGCUCAUGUACAAGCAGAUGGUGUCUAAUGCAACAACCGCUACUCUUUUCCAUGGAAAGCCGUACCGUGCUGGUGAUGCCGGCAGUCCAGGAGGGGGUUCCGUCGAGCUCGGUUGUCAUACCGCGAUUCACAGGUGGGUUGGAGACCCGAGACAAACCUAUAAUGAAGACAUGGGAAAUUUCUAUUCCGCAGGCAGAGACCCGGUGUUCUACGCUCAUCACGGCAAUGUUGACCGAAUGUGGUCGAUUUGGAAGACAUUACCAGGAACGAAGCGAAAUGAUUUCAGUGACACAGAUUGGCUUGACGCCUCGUUUGUUUUUUACGAUGAGAAUGCGAAUCUUGUUCGUGUUAAGGUUCGUGAUUGCGUUGACAGUAAAAAUUUGGGAUACGAUUAUCAACCAGUCGACAUUCCGUGGCUUAAAACUAAGCCAACUGCUCGAAAGUUUGCCAAGAAAGGAGGAAAGGCUCGUGGUAGUGCAAUGGCAGCCGAAAUAAAGAGCAAAAACGUUGUACGCAAUGCAUUCCCGAUCGUUUUAGACAAAACAGUGAGCAUUGAGAUUCCAAGGCCAAGGAAAUCGAGGAGUAAACGUGAAAAAGAAGAAGACGAAGAAGUACUGGUGCUAGAAGGCAUUCAAUUAGCGACACAAGCUGCAGUGAAAUUUGAUAUUUACAUUAACGACGAGGAUGAUGAGGCACCUAGUGGACCGGAAGAUGCAGAGUUUGCAGGGAGCUUUACCAAUAUUCCUCAUAGCCAUACCCAUGCGAAGAAAUUGAACACAACUUUUUCUUUGGCAAUAUCAGAUGUGUUGGAGGAUUUGGAUGUUGAAGGUGAUGAUAAUAUUGUGGUGACUUUGGUGCCUCGAGAAGGGAAGGGUCUGGUUUCGGUCGGCAACAUCAAGGUUGACUAUAUCCGAGAAUGAUCGGUUUGUUGUUUCCUUUGUUUCCUUUGCUUCCCUAGCUUCUUUGGGGAAAUGUGUUCCUUUUAUCCUUGUGUUCGUCAGAUCGAUCCAAUCGAUCACUUGUUCCCUUGUUUUAUGUAUUAGUAUGUGUCUAAGUAUAAAUAAGGCCAUUAAGUCUAUGACCAUAGAAGUGAUAGAACCUUAUAUGGCAUGUUAUUUGUGAGGAGACCUAUUUAGAUUUUAUGUUGGCCUUCUCAUGUA